UAAUUUCGUAGAAUAAGUCUGGCCUGAUCACGAAGUUAGCCAUUCUUGUAUCAAUGUAAUUGUAUUUCAUUUGACAUCAUAAUUGGUCUCCGACAUAUUGUUUCUCACCUUCUAAGCAACGUAUUAACGUGAGCUUUGACGGCGCUAAGCACGACGAGUCUCAUUGUCUCCAGGAAUGAUGCGAAGGGUCUUCUAAGGCAAGUCUAGGGUGUGGCAUCUCGGUGCACCACAGACUCCACAUUUGCUCUUCUCUGUUUGGCUCACUCCUAACUCCCAUGACUAUUCGAUGUCUCCUCUUCCCUUUGGCAAUCUGUACCACGGUAUUGCUCGUCCACUACAUAUCUACACCCUACUACAGCUCUCAGGCGAGAACUACAGUCGAAGUGUGGUCUGAAAAACUGGUUCCAGUGAAUGUCGUGGAAGUGGAGGAAUUGCACAGAGUCAAGGAGGACACAGAGGACUCGCAAGACCUGGAGGCAGCGAUCCAGCUCCUGAAGGAACGGCGGGAGGCCAAGGCGCUGUACGAGGAGGUGCGCGUCCUGUGCUGGGUCCCCGUGGCGCCGAGGAGCCACAACACGACGGCGGUUCACGUCAAAGCCACGUGGGGGCGGCGCUGUAACAAGCUGCUGUUCAUAAGCACCAAGGACGACGCCAGCAUCAGCGCCGUGAACGUGGGGAGCGAGGAAGGCUUCAGAGCGCUCUGGAACAAGACGCGAUCGGCGCUCCUGUACCUCUACUCGCACUUCCUCAGUGACUACGAGUGGUUCCUGAAAGCCGACGAUAACACGUACGUUGUGCUUGAGAACCUGCGUUAUUUGCUACGGGCUUACGACACGAACGACCCGGUGUACUUUGGGCAUCACUAUAAAACGAAGGGGGGAUACAAUUCAGGAGGCGCUGGAUAUGUCUUAGGCCGAGAAGCCCUUCGUAGGUUUGUCGAGAAGGCAUUACACAAGAAAGCCAUUUGCGGAACACGGAGAAUCGGGGAGGAUUUUCAACUGGGCCGGUGUCUCAGGGCAGUCGGCGUCGCCAUCGUCGACACCCGCGACCACCGCCAGCAAGGACGGUUCUUUCAACAACAUGUUAGGCAAAUCUUGCAGAAUCCUGAUAUUCACUCACGCAUCGUUUACUAUCCGAUCAAAAAGGAUGGCAACCCAGACAGCUGUUGUUCCGACACUGUCAUCUCCUUCCACCAGAUGUCAGUCGCCGACCUUUAUAUGCUUGAUUACCUCAUCUACAAAGUCCGGGUCUUCGGGUACGUCCCUCCCCUGCCUUUAAAGGUCCCUCUGCCGCCCGACCUUAAAGGUGUCCCAAACAGGACGCUUCAAAAGUAUCUUGUGUAAGGGAGACUUCGAGUUAAUUUCUUGGAUUUGUAAAAAAACAAAUAAUUAAGGUUUAAAAUUGGAUCAGAGGAAACAUAAAAUUUCCUAUUAUUCAGAAAAUAAAUUAAAAA